GAUGUCGGCAGCGAACUCACUAUAGACUUAUUCUGCUUCGAUCCAGUCAUAGAAACUAAGAUGUUUGUUCAGGUGGAUAGUGCGUUUGUCAGAACUGCCGACUUCACGCAGGGAUUAGAACAUAUGCCCAUCCCAGCGGUCAACUCUGUUGACGAUGAAGAUCCCCCUAAGAUUUACAAAACUGCACAGAGUGGUUGGGGUGUCCGUGCUCUAUGCGAUAUUCCCGCUGGAGCUUUUAUAGCAAAUUAUGUCGGUGCUUUGCUAACAGAUAGUUUGGCGGAUGCGUUGCAAGGAGAGGAUGAAUACUUUGCUGAUCUUGAUUUAAAUGAUGCUGUUGAAAACGAGAAGGCAACUACUCUUGAAAAAUGUGGUUAUCUGGAUAUGGGGAUUGGGAGUUCAGACGAAGAAGAUGAGCCGGCUAAGUCCAGGAAAGACGAUGAUGAUGAUGGACUG